GCAAUACUAGCAGACCGAACUCUCUCGCCCUCUCGUACGCGUCGCGCAUCUUCUACCAUAACCCUUUUAAAUCUGCACUUCAUACGAACAGCAAUAAUAUACCACGAGCAUCGCCCUCAACCUGCUUAUUUCUCUGCUUAACGUGCGACUUUAUGUUUAUGACUUAAGAUAUCCACUUUGCAGUCGCGUUGCCUCGUCGACAUAGCGAUAUUUGGGUUGUUGAAAUUGCACGGAGAAGAUCGGUAACCGACAAUUCUGCUGACACACGUACCUCUACCUUCUACCAUCGAUAUCGAAGCACUGGAGAUACCUCCUUCUAUAGUUACCUUUUCAGCUUCUAUAUCAUUGCUUGCGUAGAUAUACGCUUAAUCUACGAUAUCUUUUCGUCUCUGGAAUCCCAUCCGACGAAUCGUCUUCACAUCAUGGAUACUUCGCGAAAGCGUCCUAGCACCAGUGGCAGUGAGGCGAGCCAAUAUCACCAAUCUAAGCGCCAGAAGACCGUUGAUGCCGACACUCGCUCUAUUACUCCAAAUGCGACAUUAUCCGCAAAGCCAGCGUACGAGGUUGCAAGUGGCUCUAUUGUGCACAAUUUUGGAAGAGACGGCUUGAGACGUUCGAUUGGUCUGCAGCUGCAGCAUGCAGGUUUCGACAGCUCUAAGAGCGACGCCCUAGAAAGUCUCACAGAAGCCGCAGAAUCAUACAUUACUCACUUCUUAGAGACUGUCAAACGAAGUGCAAACGCAGCGCGAAGGAAUGAUCCGAUACCUCCGGACUUCGAGUACGCCCUACACAGAUUAAAGAUACCCUUAUCCGAUUUAAAGCCACACCUAAAGCACGCCGUUCCGAAAGAGGAGCUUACGCCUUCCUUCUUCAAUCCCAUCAAAGAGGACAUCCAGCAGUUUGUAAAACCUCGGCCGUUCUUAGGCGAUGAACUAUCUGGUCAGAAGGAGAAAGAGCAGCGACCCUGGAUCCCAAAGCAUUUCCCUUCAUUGCCUAGUCCUUUUGCAUACCGGUUUACUCCGUACCAUCAUGUAGUCGAUCGUAGCAAGGAGCAAGCACAGGCCGAGGCGGACGCGAGGAAGGGCGAGCGGGCGUUGCGACAGAUCAAUCGUGCUGCUAGGAUCAGCCGGCAAAAGGAGAUUAGAGCAGUCGCCCAGAAGAACUCUCUUAGUAAGGAGCGACAGGCGGCGUGGGAGAAGAUGAUGACGAGACUCCUCCCUGAAGUUGAUCCGACAAGUCUUACUCCCGAAAUUGCCGAUCAUAGCACGAUCGUCAAUUAUGGUGCUCGACAUGGUCGAAAGAGCGUACAUAAGCCCGGUCGACGAGCUCAGUUAGAGGCACCCAACGGUAAGACCUGACGUACGGUACCCGAUCUAGGCAUCUACACGAUGGAGAUGGUGACCACUUGGCCUGGAUAGGCUAUUUUCUGGUCUUUUGUAGGAAUGUUUUGGGUAAGGCAUUGCCAACACUUUUGAGUGGAUAUCACGAUCUAACUAGACAGACAGAGUUGACUAAACUAUUCGUGUGUCGUGAAUGGCA